AUGGAUUAUGAAAGAAGGAAUCAGAUAGAGAAAAGAAAAGAAGGAUCCAGAGGUUUCAAAAAUCGUCGAUCAACUUCGUUCGCUUGCCAUUUCGCCGUUCGGAGUCCGAUUCGAGUGAUUUUUGCGAUUAAGUGUUUCUAUGAUUUGGGUAUGAAUUGGUAUGAGUUUUGGGAGUUUUGGAGCUCCGAAAAUGGUCUGGGGAUGCCGGAAAACGUCGUACCCGAAGGGGCAGGAUGUGCUGCAAAAGCAACACUUCAAGGUCUUGUAUACUACAAUGGAGUAUGGGAUAAAGAUUUAAAUUACUCCAACUAUAAGGUGAAAGGAAUAAUAAUAAAGAAAGACAUAAACUUUCAAAAACUGAAGGAAAUGAUAGUUGGAAUACUGAAGGUAAACCACUGGGAAACAGAGCUGGAAAUGAAAUAUCGCUUAGAAGACAGCUACCAGAUUUUAGAAGUUGAAGACAAUGACAGCCUACAAUUCUACAUUGAACUACAAAAAAAGGAAAUGCGAGUAACCAAAUUUCCUUUGUGUGUUACUAACAAAGUAUGCGAAGAACAGUGGCAAUCACCGGAACCUGAAAGCUUCAAUUCUGCCACAAUGAUUGAAGGACAGUCAGAAAAUAUGAUCUCCAGUGAAACAACAAUGGAUAUUGUCAAAUAUGCUGAAAUUUUGGGAGAACAGAAUAGCAAAGAAGAAGAAAAAGCUGAGAGAACACCAGAAGACAUCUCAAUGGUCACUGAACCUAGUAUAAAGGAUAUAUAUGUCGGGCAGAUCUUUAAGGAUAAAAAGAUCAUGAUAACUAGUUUUUGUUUUUACACAAUUGCUAACCACUUUCAAUAUAAAGUGAGUAAAUCAUGCCCGAAGGAAUAUAUAGUCAAUUGCUUAGACGACAAUUGCAAGUGGACUGUAAGAGCCUCAAGAGAUGGAAAGACAAGUAUGUUUGUUGUUAGAAGAGUGAAUAACAUCCACAUCUGUCCACCAGAAAUUAGAAUGGAAGACAAACGGCAAGCUACAUCAUCAAUAAUUGGGGAAUAUAUAAAAACAAAGUUUUUGGAUGUUAAAACAAUUUAUACCCCAUCAGACAUAAUUGCAGACAUACAAAAAGAUUUUGGGGUGAUUUUGAGUUACAAUAGGGCAUGGAGAUCAAAAGGAAAGGCGCUAGAUCAGAUUAGAGGUAAUCCAUGUGACUCAUAUUCUAUUUUGCCAAAAUUUCAACACAUGCUUUUACAAACUAAUCCGGGGUCAGUAGUAGAUAUACAGACAACCGAUGGAAAAUUUGAAUAUGUUUUUAUGGCUCUCGAUGCAUCCAUAAAAGGUUGGAAGUACUGUAGGCCAGUGAUUGUAGUCGAUGCGACAUUUUUAAAAUCAACCUAUCGUGGAAUGCUAUUGACAGCAUCCACCCAAGAUGGGAAUGGUAAGAUUUUUCCACUAGCAUUUGCUGUUGUUGAUUCUGAAAAUCAUGCUUCUUGGGAAUACUUUUUUGCAAAAUUACUGGAAACUUUUGGUCGGAGGGCUGGAUUGUGUAUAGUAUCAGAUAGGCACGAUAGCAUAUCUGAGGCAGUCAAAAACAUUUUUCCAGAAGCAAGUCAUGGAAUUUGUGCAUACCAUUUACUAAACAAUGUUAAACUAAAGUUCGGAAAGAAAACAAAUGCAAAAGCGUUGAGAGAGUGUUUCUAUGGAGCUGCAAAGUCUUACUCAGUUCAGUCUUUUGACUAUUUCAUGGGACAACUAGAUGCUAUAAAUGUUGCAAUUCGACCCUAUCUGGAAAAAAUUGGGGUCAAAAAAUGGGCAAGAUCACAUUGCAAAGACAAUAGGUUCUCAACAAUGACUUCAAAUAUAGCCGAAUCUAUGAAUGCAGCUAUCAAAGCAGCUAGGGAGUUACCAGUAGCGACACUUCUUGAAUAUUUGAGAUUCUUGACGCAAAAAUGGACUUACACGAAUAGAAAUGCCGCAAUCUGUACAAUGACUAAGUUGACAAGCAAAGCAGAAAAUGAUCUCAGAGAUAACUAUGCAAUUUCUUUGAGAAUGAAGGCUUCAACAUCAGUUACUAAUGUGCAUGAUGUGCAAGAUGGUGAAAAGACAUUUAUAGUGAAACUGAGAGAAAAGAACUGUACAUGUGGCAGAUUUCAAAUUGAUGAGAUGCCAUGUCCACAUACACUUGCAAUAUUAUCCUCACUACACCUAGAUCCUUAUCAAUACUGCUCUAAAUUCUUCACCAAAGAGAAUCUGUUUGCAAUGUAUGAUGGAGUUGUGUAUCCAAUGCCAAGUCAAAACAAUUGGGAUAUACCUACUGAAAUUGAAAGGAUUGAAAUACUUCCACCAAUAGGAAAGAUACCAGCUGGAAGACCAAAAAAAAGAAGAAUAAAUGGACCAGCGGAGACAAUUAAUCCAAGUAAGUGUGGAAGAUGUGAUCAAAGAGGACAUAACCGAAAGACAUGUCGAAAUCUACCAAAGUAG